AUGGGCGCCCACGGCACCAGACUGGAUGACAUCCUAGCGGAGGACAUGCACCACUGGUACAACAAGUUCAUGAAGGGCUCGCCAUCGGGCGUGAUCACGCUGUUUGAGCUGAAGGCCAUGCUGGAGAUGCAGGGCAUGACGGAGGAGGCCAACAGCUACGUGGACCAGGUCUUCUUCACCUUCGACAUGGACGGGGAUGGAUAUAUAGAUUUUGUAGAAUACAUAGCGGCAGUCAGUUUAUUACUAAAGGGAGAAGUCAACCAGAAGCUAAAAUGGUACUUCAAACUCUUCGACCAAGACGGAAACGGAAAAAUUGACCGGGAGGAAAUGGAAACAAUAUUCAAGGCCAUCCAGGAUAUCACACGCAAAUAUGACCCUCCACCUGAGGAGAUAGUGGAACUCAUCUACACAAAGGUUGAUGUCCACGGCGAAGGUGAGCUCACAUUGGAGGAGUUCAUCAGUGGAGCCAAGGAGCAUCCAGACAUCAUGGAGAUGCUGUCCAAGAUGAUGGACCUCACACACGUCCUGGAGAUCAUUGUCAAGGGCCAGAAGCCCCGGGAGCAGAACGGCCUCCUGGAGACCACUGGGUCUCCACAGGAGAGGUCAGAUACCGGAGGUGGGCUGUGGAGGGCCGGGCGGCUGACCCCUGUGGUCAGAAGCCAUGGAGGAGCAAACCGAGCUGGGGGCAAGAGAAAGGUCACAUAA